AAGUGGGUAAUUCAAAACAAACCGUAUAACAUUAGAAGUAAGGUAUAGUUUUCCCAAAAAGUGAUGUUUGUGAGGUACAAGUGGCUGGUGUUGUGGUCGUUAUGGGCUGCGAGGUUCGUCCGCCAACCGACUCCAGUAAGAAGUUUGCACGAUGGAUCGCUAAUUAGAGGACAGUAUUCAGUAGACAAUUCCUAUCAACGGUACACUGGUAUUCCCUAUGCGAGCUCCGAAUAUAAGUACAGAUUUAAGGCUCCUGGACCUGCGCCAAAAUGGGAUGGAGUGUUCGAAGCUACCAGAGAACACAUAAGAUGUCCACAGACAAACUUCAAGUUCCUGUCCUCAGUACUCGGGAUUGAAGACUGCCUUACCCUGAACGUUUAUAGUCCAAACCAUGCAUGGGAUGGAGCACCGCUGCCGGUCAUGGUGUUCAUCCAUGGAGGUGGAUUCAGAGAGGGAUCUGGAGCCCCUCUGCUCUACGGACCUGACUUCUUAGUUAGGAAAGGAGUCGUCCUCGUCACUAUUAACUAUAGAUUGAACGUCCAUGGAUUUCUUUGCUUAGGGACCAAGGAUGCACCUGGCAACGCAGGGCUUAAAGACCAAGUUGCCGCGCUUAAGUGGGUUCAAAAAAACAUUCGAGCCUUUGGUGGAGAUCCUGAUAACGUUACCAUCUUUGGUGAGAGUGCUGGAGGUGCUUCGGUGUCCUAUCAUUUGCUUUCGCCAAUGUCUAAAGGACUGUUUAAAAGAGCUAUUGCUCAAAGCGGGUCCUCUCUGACAGCGUUUGCAAGGCAACGGGAUCCAUUAAAUCAAGCUGUUGCUUUAGCAAAAGCUAUGGGUCUGACCAUUAACGAUCCUCAACAACUGUACGAAGCUUUCAUGAAUAAGACAUUGAAUGAAUUAGUUGCUACGGAGAUACCCCGAGUACAAGGAAGACUGAGAUUUGCUCAUCUUCCAUUUGUACCGUGCACUGAGCAGCCAAUAGAUGGCGUUGAACCGUUCAUAACAGAUACACCUUUUAAUAUACUAACCAAAGGAAAUUAUAACAAAGUCCCUCUCAUUAUAGGCUCAAAUAGUGAGGAAGGAUAUUAUUUUGCAGGCUUAGACAACCAUGAAACAUUGAAGAAUCUAAAUUUUGAAAGAUCAAUAGAAGUGUUUGACCUCAAAUUCCCAACAGAGAAGGAAAAGAAAGAAGUUGCGAAUAAUUUGAAGAAGAUAUACGUGGGUGAUGAGGAAAUUUCGUGGAAGAACAUUGUGCAAUUUUCUAGAUAUCAUGGGGAACCAUAUUUUAAUUUGCCAGAAUAUAUUGAGACUGAUCUUAUAUUGAAGACUAGUGAUGAGCCUGUUUAUAAAUAUCAAUUUCAGUACAGUGGGAGGAGGAAUAUGCCAAAGUUCAUAGCUGGGCUUACAUUCUGGAGCGCUCCAGGGGCUACCCAUGCUGAUGAGCUGUUUUAUCUUUUUAGUUUGUUUCCUAUACCAAUCAUGUUUGAGAACGAAAUGAUCAGAACUAUGACCACUUUGUGGACAAAUUUCGCCAAAUACGGGACACCAACUCCAGAAGGCAGUGAGUUCAACUGGCCUCCUACAUCCCAGGAAUUACCUACAAGGCUGGACAUUAAUAGACAGGUUUCCAUUGUCCAUAAUCCUCCAUAUACGGACACUGUGCAGUAUUGGAGACAAUUGUAUGACAAAUAUCGAGCUCAUGACUGAAUAGUAAUUAUUUAGUAAAAAUGUACUUAAUAGUAAAUUUGGUCUAUCGAUUUAGGUGGUUUACUGAAGGUAUGUCUUUUUAUAUUAAAGAGUCCGUAUGAAAAAAUACAAAAGCGAA